AUGACUGAUCAACAUGAAAAUAAAAGAUAUCUUCUUGGACCCAAAUUUAACCCAACUAGAGAUAAAGGAUUUUUAAGAGGACCUUCAAUUAGAGAUAUAGUUGAAGAAAUUAGAGAUUUAAAACGAAAAUUUGAUGAAAAUAAUGGAGAAAAACAAAAUAAAGAUAAAAAGUAA